CAUGUCUCUCCCUGUGAACCGUUGAUGCUCCUGUCUUUCAGCCCGGACACAUCAGCUGAGACGCGGGGACAAGUUGGACGAUUCACGGCCGUGCGGCUCCGACACAUUCACCAGGACACUCGAAACUCUUCCUUUGGGAUAUGUGGCCACGGUGACGCAGCCAUGGCCAAGCGACCGGGCACCGACGACGGGAUGCUGACAUCGCCGACCCGUCUCCGGGACUUCGCAGCCAACCUGAGCUCCGGGAAUCUGUUGAACAUGGACUGCGGCGACGGAGCCGAGGAGGUAUCGCUGGAGGAAAUCCUGAGCCUGUACAGCCAGCCGAUAAACGAGGAGCAGGCGUGGGCCGUGUGCUACCAGUGCUGCCGGACGCUAGCGCAGAGACACCGGAGGAAAAGCCCCAAGUCGGCGGUUGCCUCGGCCGCCGGGUGGCUGCGGCGGAUCGAGGGACCCGGGGACGUGAGGAUCGGGAGGGACGGCGCCGUGGAGCUGCGCUUUGAAGACAGCGCAGAUGAAUACACAUCGGCCCCCACGUCAUUAGAGGUAAUCGACUCACUGGGCGUCAUGAUCUACAAAGCUCUGGACUUCGGCCUCAAGGAAAAUGAGGAGCGCGAACUCAGCCCCCCGCUCGAGCGCCUGAUCGACAUGAUGACCAACAAUGAAGAAACGGAGAACGACCCCUGUCCUGACGAGGGCUACGAGGCCACUGAGGAGGAGGAUGAGUGUGAAGGGGAGGAGGAGGAGGAAGAAGAAGAGGAGCUCGUUUCCACUUCCACUACCGGCACAGUCGGCAGCAUUCGCGGCUAUCGAGAUAUUAUCUUGAUAUGUUCUUCCCACCUGCCCAGCCCUUCAGACGCUCCCAGUCACUACCAGGCCGUGUGCCGCGCUCUCUAUGCCGAGACCCGGGAGCUGCGCACCUUUCUGGAAAAGAUCAAGAAUGCCAAAGAGAACCUCCGGAAAAUGGAAGGUGAGACUCGGGAGGAAGCUGUUAAAGACCUCGACGACCUGCAAAACGCUGACUGGUCCCUCCAGGCACGGUUCUGGGUGCAGGUGAUGCGAGAUCUGCGAGACGGCGUAAAGCUAAAGAAGGUUCAGGAACGCCAGUACAACCCACUGCCCAUCGAGUACCAGCUCACGCCCUACGAAAUGCUGAUGGACGACAUCCGCUCCCAGCGUUACAAGCUGCGGAAAGUCAUGGUGAACGGAGACCUCCCUCCGAGGUUAAAGAAGAGCGCGCAUGAGGUUAUUCUGGAAUUCAUCAGGUCAAGACCUCCUCUCAACCCGGUUGCCGCCCGUAAACUGAAGCCCCACCCGGUGCGACCCCGGAGCCUCCACGAGCGCCUGCUGGAGGACAUCAAAGCUGAGAGGAAGCUCAGGCCCGUCUCACCGGACAUGAUCCGCAGGACUCGCCUGGGUGCAGGGAAAAGCAUCAGCACUCCUCAGGACCUGUUCCGAAGCUCAGACACUCCCGACGCUCCCAGGAAGUUGGCUGUCAGCACCCAGUCUCUGGCCGGCAGCACCAAGGGACCCAGUCAAGGUGGAGGCGUGCAGCCGCUCUGCCAGAGGAAGCGGCUGCUCAAGGCGCCCACACUGGCCGAGCUGGACAGCUCUGAAUCCGAUGAGGAGACCACACAGAGCAGCUCGAGUAUGUCCACGUCUCUAAUGGAGGACACGUCACCCGAGUCUGUCACAGGGAAGAAGGCUCCUCCAAACUUCCUGCCCAUCUCCGCCACCCCGCAGCCAGACAAGCGUCGGUCUCCACGGAGGAGGCACACCCUGGAGAAGGACGCCCCCACCAGCGUCAGGCCCUUUAGGCCUCCGUCCAGACAGAGCUCCAAGUCUCUGCUGAUGGCGGAUCCCAGCUCCAAGGUGGAAGCUGCCAGUGGAGCGCAGGGCUCGGAGGAGUUCUGUUACCCGGCGGAGUGUCUGGCCCUGACGGUGGAGGAGGUGAUGCACAUCAGACAGGUUCUGGUCAAGGCGGAGCUGGAGAAGUUCCAGCAGUACAAAGAAAUCUACAACGCUCUGAAGAAAGGAAAACUUUGUUUCUCAUGUCGGACCAAGAGGUUCUCCCUCUUCACCUGGUCCUACACCUGCCAAUUCUGCAAAAGGCCUGUGUGCUCCCAGUGCUGUAAAAAGAUGCGUCUUCCAUCGAAGCCUUAUUCCACCUUGCCCAUUUACUCCCUGGGCCCCAGUGCUGUGGCUAAAGACGAGGCAAGGGAUGCGUCUGCAGCCGAGCCUGAGAAGAACCCGUUCGGUUCUGGACAAAUUCGACACAGCCUGCGCAGGAGUGUUUCCAAGUCGUCCAAACAUGGCGGCGGCAGCAGCAGCAAAGACGAGCGGCCAGAGGGCGAGCCGGAGCUGCCCAAGGAGCUGACGGAGGACUGGGUCGCCAUGGAGGUGUGUGUAGACUGCAAGAAGUUCAUCACGGAGAUCAUCGCGUCCAGCAGGCGCAGCCUGUGCGUGGCCAGCAAGCGCGCCCGCCUCAAUCGCAAUCGCAAAACUCAAUCCUUCUACAUGUCAUCGUCCAACUCCGUCAACUUCCGGCCCUCGGAGCGCACCAUCAACGAGGUGUAGCACUGCUCCUGUGCACUUUUGUUAUGCUGAGUUUAUUCAUUCCAUGAAGAAUCAAAAUCUCCUCUUACGCUACCCGGACUGGUUUACCACAGUUUAUGUAAAUAGUGAUUAAAAGAAAAAAAAUGAAGCCAUGAAGCCAGUCUGUCCCACCCCAAAGGUAGAAAAGGUUCUUAUACCUUACCCCCCCAUCUCAGGAAAAGAUGGCACGCUCUGAUUGGUCUUGACUAGUCAGUAGCUGCCAGAUCACGAAAGAGAGCCAUGUGUCUAUCAGCAGCAGUGAUGGACACGCUGAGCUGCCGAUGUCACUGUUGUGAACCAGGUAAGAGAAUGUGUAUGUGACUCGAGAGCAGGGUUAGACGACACAGAAAGCCAAAGGCUGCAGUGAUGUUUGUGUAAAUAGCAUCGACGCCCAACCCUGAUCCUGAUCCUGAUCUUAGCGCCCAAUAAGUUUUCCAGUUCCUGUUUACUUCGAGCACUCAGGAAGAACAACCGAUUGUCUUUUGUGACAGAAAUGCACUGUUGAUCCUCGUGUCAGGUCUGCCGGGGACGAUCCCCUCCCACUCCCCCUCCCCCCCUUUAUUCUUCCAGCAACAAGUAUGCCAAAUGUUACAUCAUCACUCACUUUUUAGUCACAUUUAAUGCGUUAUCACAAACACACUAGGGGUUUAAGAAGAGUCGGUUUAUUUUUCACGGUGGGGGGUUCAGCUUUUAGUUGUAAUGUAUAUUCAAAUUCUGUGCCUGGUGCCAAAAUGUAUUUUUCUUUGAAUGCCUUUGUAGUCAUGGACCUACUGUACAUAUGUGUGAUAUAUAAACUCAAUGGGGGACAUUUGAGGGUUCUGCAUUGUUCUUGGUGUCUCUACCCUGCCAUGUUCCAAGCUGCGCAAAUCAAGCACAGAAACGUGGGAUGUGAAUGUGUACAUGCUGUAUAUUUUAAUUAUUCCAAAAUUUAAUAUAAACAAAAACUCAAAUGAAGUAGAAAUAUAAUUUUACCAUGUUCUAGGAUUCCUCCCUCCGGGGUUUCUUUAAUUUGAUGUAAUUUUACUCGCAGACCUUUUUAUUAUUAGUGUCCUUAUAUUUGUGUUGAUAGUAUGAUUUUUAUUUCUAUUGUAUAGUUCAUAAACUCCUCAGUGUUAAGAUAUUCCUAAAGCGCAAAUAGCACUUUUAUUGGACCAGUUUAUUGUUUAUGUUGAGGUUUAUUUUGUCUUAAUAAAUUGAUGAUAAUAAUAAUUAAUCUUUAUUUGUUACAUCUGGGUCCAUGGUGCCAUCUCCCAGGGUUCCUCAUGAAUGAAGGUGUGUGUGUGUGUGUGUGUGUGUGAAUGUCUGAAGGUUUGUUUCCAAAGGAAGAAUAAUGGCUCAAACUAAACACUCCACUGACUUGAAUGUAGGAAACGUUUAAGUUAAUAACUGUCAGUGAAGGAGCUCCGUGAACAUUAUAGACCAACCUGAAUAUAAAGUAUACACUUAAAACAUUUGGUGUUCAUCUUGCGUUCUGUGACCGUUGUCACCAAAUGAUCACAAAGCCUGACCAGCUUGUCAACUGAUGCCAUGUUCCAGUAGAUUAGUCCCUUCGAUCAGCUCUACUUUGGACCUGUGUAACGAAUGUGUGCAUGCUGAACUGUGACCUAUUUGUUUUUAUCAAAGAAAUUAUAAUAAAAUCAUCAUCGUUCGUACCCUGUUGCAGAAUUUCAAAGUUAUCGCCAGCAGAGGGCAGUGAAGGGGAAACCUCUCUGUUUUCCUCGCCUCAUCCUGUUUUCUUAGCGACAUCUUGUGGUACAAGCUGUGUACAGCAUUGCAACACUUCUCCAGAGUUGAUAUAUUGGAUAAUGUUGAUAGUGUAAAAUGCUGCCAUUCAAAAUCUAUCUCGACAGCUGACCAACUAAAAUAGAAAUCAUUUUAAAACGUGUCCAUUCAAACUUAAAUACUUAAAUGCAUGUAUGACCUCCACCUGCAAGUAGCUCUAGAUUCACCGCCUGAAGAUUUUCCUGGUUUCAUGAUGGUUGACAUGGUUUUUAUGUUGUUUUACUCUGGUAUUGAAAAUAAAAUAAAACCUGUUGCUUAUUUUCAUUAAA